UGUGGUUGAAAAUAAUUUUCAGAAUUAUGAUCUAUUUUUUUAAAAACUGUAUCAUUCAUAACUAGAUCAUAGGGCAAUGGCCGGGCUGAUACCGCCUAGGGUUGGCGGUUGGCAUGCAUCUGUACACGGCUGGGUGUGCUUAUUUACUUGAACAGUCAUUAAAGAUGGCUAACUUAAGCAAGCGCGAUUAUCGCGCCCUUAUCUAUGAAAAAUUUUUGGAAAAUAAGACUGCUGUUGUUGCUCAUGCUGAAUUGUGUGAACAUUUUCCUGAUGCACCACCGUCAUACCCUACGGUUACCAAGUGGUUUCGUCGAUUCACCACCGGACAUUUGGACCUCGAUGACGAUGCUCGAAUUGGACGCCCGAAAUCUGUGACUACUGCGAAAAAUAUCGAUGCAGUGGAUGCCAUGAUCAAGACCGAUCCUCAUGUUACAGUCAAAGAGAUAGCUGAAUCAGUGAAGAUUUCUGAAGGUGUGGUUUGGACGAUUAUCCGCGAACAUCUGCGUGUGCGCAAGCUAUGUCAGCGUUGGGUUCCCCAUUUGCUAACUAAGGACCAGAUGAAGACUCGCGUGAAAUUGGCCCGGAAGAUCCUAGAGAAAUUAUCGGAGGACAGCAAAUAUGAAGUGUAUACUGAGGAUGAAUCCUGGUUCUCAUACUACGACCCACUGACGAAGCAACAGAAUUAAGUGUGGAUUUCUGAAAGUGAGCAGACACCGACCUGCGUGAAGCGUUCUCGGAGCGUACGCAAGGUAAUGUACGCUUCUGUUGCCAACAAGAAAGGCGUUUUCCUCAGACAAGCUCUACGUCGCGGAACUACGUUAAAUUCUGAUUGGUACUGUUCAAAUGUCCUCCAACCUUUCGUUGAUGAAAUCGAAGAAAAGAGGCCUCGAAGGCGCUUGAUGAACGUCUUAUGGCACCAUGAUAACGCAAGACCGCAUACUUCCCGUGUAACUUCUAAUUUUAUCUCCGCUGCUGGAAUGGAAAUCCUCCCGCACCCUCCGUAUUCCCCUGAUUUGGCCCCUUGCGAUUUUAAAAUAUUUCCAACAAUGA